AUGCUUAAUUUCACAUGCAGACCAAGAGGAGACAAGAGGAAGGGGCAGACCAAUAUGGGCAACGCCGGGAGCACAGCUCCUGCAAGCUUAGGAGAGACCCAUGUUCCACACUUAAAAUGGAAGGUUCAUGACUUCUCAGCGCUACUUGAGACGAACGCUGCAUCGGCGGUCUCUUCUGCUUUUGAAUGCUCUGGGUACAGGUGGUUCCUGCGAGUGACUCCAAAGCACAAACAAGGUGUUAUGGGAAAUCCAUAUGUGGCUCUUUCUCUCGAGAUAUACCACACAUGGUUGGAGCAAGUUCACACAGUGCAUGCAGUAUUCGAGCUGUCAAUAUUCAACCAUUCAAAAGGAGUUUAUUGUGGAUGCAAAGCUAGCUACAACUUUGAUGUCAAGAAUACCUACUCGAAGCCGCAUUGCUUGAUUCCUCUUCAGGAGCUACUGAAAUCAUCUGCUUUUCUAGUUGAUGAUAGCUGUGUCUUUGGUGUGGAGAUAUUAAAAAUCGAUGUCUCUUCUCCUGAAAAGAAGGAUGUUGUGGUUCAGAAGAAGGCUACUACAGUUCAGAAUCUCUUUAUCCAGAAGAAAGGGUUCAUUAAAGGGACAUACACUUGGACCAUGGAUAAUUUCCUUGAAUUGGACUUGAAGCACUUCGUCCGUUCUCCUACAUUUGAAGUUGGCGGACUUAAAUGGUACAUCCGUAUGUAUCCACGUGGUGACAAGUACAGCAAUGAUUGCCUCAGCUUGUACUUAUCCCUGGAUGACUCGGUUGAGCUCCCUUUGGAGUAUGGGAAGGUGGUUGAAUUGACACUAUCCAUCCUGGACCAAAAGAAUGUGAAACACCGGACUGCAACUUCAGGUUCAGCUCUCCUUAGCAAGUAUCAGUGCUGCUGAUAUGUGCGAUUCAAGCAGCUAGUAGAUGUAACCUCAUGAUGAUUACAAUUGAUCUUUACUUUUGUGGCGAAUCGCAGGUCUCUGGGUAUGUGGACAGGGACAUAAAUUGGUAUGUGUACAGGGAAUGGGAUCGUCUAACUUCUUUGGACUGAAGGAACUCAAGGACCCGUUGGGAGGCUAUGUUGUGGGAUCGAGCUGCAUUGUGAAGGCAGAUCUCACCAUCGUCGGUUCAUCCAAUGAUGACUAGAUCUUUACCUCAUGACCUGAAG